UCUCAAGUGGACGCACAUAUUUAAAAAAUUGUUUCAGAUUUGAAGCGAUGUAUUCAGCAACACCAUUGACGCUGUUUUUGCUCAGUGUUUCUGCGCAGGAGCAACUCACAUCAAACUAUGAUCCGUCUGCUAUUUUAUCACAGCUGUUUAACCUGAACACCUUGCAAAGGAAUUUGGCGGAACAAGAUUCAUUGACCUUUCCAAGUUCACCCGAGAGCUCACAUUUUCAUGAGAAUUCAAACAUUGAUUUUGAGAGGGCCCAUUCGCAAGGUUCUCUUAGGAAAAAGCGACGAAAAUUGAGGAAAUUAAGACCAACUGGUGUGCAGGCAGGGUCGGGAUAUGGAUAUUAUGGAUUCCAACAACCAUAUGGACAAGAAGCACCACAAUUAUCAUCAUUUGCGUCCGAAGCCGUCUCUCGAGUGACGGAGGCUCUGACGUCGAUCGCUGUGUAUGAUGAUUACCAGUGCGUCCCGAGGCUACUCUGUGAAGCUGCUCAAAGUGGAUCACUUGGCUCCUCGAACCUGCUGAACUCUGUUCCUGGGCUGCAACCUUUACUCACAUUACUGUCAACAUACAGCGGUGUCAGCACUAAUCCACUCUUCGUGUUUGGAAGAGCCGUAUUCCUCGGAAUGUCUAAAGGAAACGUGGGGACUUGCCGCUACGCCUAUCCUCUCUGUCCAACAGACCCUGAAAAAUUAGUCUACUAUUUAAAUAACCAUAAUGGAGGGUUCUUUCGCUUCUUUGGCGGACAGCAGCAACAACAGAAUUUGGAACAAUUCUACCAAGGACUGUCUCAAAGCUUCCCAAAUUUGAAUCCACAGACUUUAGGUUUUCAAAGACCGAAUAUAAACAAUGGAUACCUGAACUAUGGUUCUGAUUUUCCGUAUGAUGGAGCCCACUUUAACUAUCAAGACAACUUUAAACAAAUACAAAACAGAAUUCAGAACAAACCCAACUUAAGCAGCUAUAGUAAUCAUGACUCGAAAUGGAUUUUCCCAGAAAAUAAUGCAAAAGAUAAUGAUAUUGAAAAUGAUAAUAAAUUAAAUAAUAUAGGUUAUACAGGAAUACAUUUUCCAGGUACUGAAAACGACAUAACAGAAAAUAUUAGAACAGGUAAAGGGUUUUCUUUCCCCAAUAACUUGAGAGACCAAUAUUUGAACUAUAAUAAUAAUAAUUAUGAUCAAGUUGGAAGUAAUUUUAAUACAAAUAAGUAUUUAUAUGAUAGCGAUAGAUACAGAGAUACUGCUAUUAAUUCUAAUAAGUAUUAUAAACAUGAAGACAAUCGUUAUACCACUGUAUACAUCGUGAGAGGUAAUGGCGAUCCAAAUAGGCCAGAAAUUCUUAAACUACGUCCUGGCGAAGUUGUUCAUUAGCAAUAUUUUAUAAAGUUUAGACUUAACAUAGCUAAUUUUCUUAACCUAAAUUAAGAUUAUUUUUUGCCUAGUUAACUUUUUUAUAAUUCAUUUAUUUUUGUGUUAAUGUUAAAUAUUAGUACCUUAUUAGCAUAGUACCAUAAACACAUAUAAAUAAAAAGAAAAGUGAAUGUCUUUUUUGUACCAAUGUAUAUGAAAUAGUUUUUCUAAUCGGCAAUUCUCAAUCGUUUUAAUUUUGCGGUUCUGACCAGAGUAAUUAAAAAUGAUAGUGCUCAUAUUACAAAAAAUAAAGCGAAACAUUACUGCAAGUCAGCUACAUAAGGGCUUUAUAAGAGAUUUAUAAUAUCAUAUAGAGCCUUGCUCUAGUGCACCGCAGUAUCAGUUCCAACCACUUGACUACGAGCAACUUCGAGCUGUUCGAAUCAUCGGGUUCCAGUACUCUGUGAACAGCUUAAAGCUUCGCGUUGCGUUAGUGGUUACUCUAUUUAUCACGGGGCCAUUUGACCUGAUUUUCGCCUAAUCCCAUCGUCACAGAACACGCAACUCAAAACAAUCCUCACAAUUUUGAUCACAAGAAGAUUAAGGCAGCGGCAGUUUCUAUAUAGUGGGGUUUGAAGGAACUUUCCUCCAAACUACAGACGAACUUCAAAAGGCUGCAAAGGUUUCCAGGACGAUACGUAAUGGGUACCUUUAAAAAGCGAGUAUAAUCAUAAAAUUUUAAUCAGAUUUAUGUAGGUAUCAGAUUAUUUGGCAACUACGUACGUAUACUAUGAAAUCAAUUUCAUUGGGCGGCUUUUAGUAGGUAUGAUUCGGCAUUUCUUCAAAAAUGCACAUACGUAAAAGACUAGCAACGCUCUUGUAUUUACUCUCUAAAGGCGAAUGGGCAAAGUGAUCUACCUACGCAACACUAAUGAAACCUAUAUCAGUUAAAAGCUCAUUUUAAGUGCUGAAUUUCAUUCUAUGAAAGCACCGCUGUAAGUUCUGGGGUUCAAGAGAUAUCCGAGAAUUACAGAAAACAGCCUCUACCUAAUUUUUGUGUUUUACGAUCGAUAUUUAAUAUAUACAGAUUAUACCUAAUCGAAGUAUAGAGAGACUAUGAGUUAUGAUCUAAGCGAUUUUAUUGAGUUUGGCAUAGAAGUAGGUAAUAUUGUGUCUCUUCUGAGGGCCAAGAUACAGUCAUGCCAUGACCGAUUCUUCAGAAACAAUUAUGGCUCAAAUUCAUCUAUCCAACUUAUCUCAAAAUUAUAUAACAGUAAAUUCCAUAGUAAUAGUAGUAUAGAUAUAAAUUUUAAUACAUUUGGCAAUUUUAAAAAAUACGCUUUUGAACCCUUAUAAUUUGGAUGUAUAGAAUUAUAAUUUUUAGUAAUAGUAAACACAUAUUGUAGUAGUAUUACUUAACUUACAAUAAUAAAUAAAGGCAACGCUGUGCAUACCUAUAAGUUAGAUAUACAAAUAUAAAUAUAAGAAAUUUUAUAUUAUAAGUAGUCAUAAUAUUAAUUGUAUGUCUAGUUGGUAAGCCUUUUCUAAUAAAUAAAUAAAUGCCAUACCAGAUCCAAACAAUAUUAUACCUAUAUAUUAACUAACAGAAAUGUAGAAGGAAGAGAUGCAUUUAGGUAUUAUUAUUGUACUAGUCUUACUGGACAUCUUACACUGGGUAGUUGUGCACAUGUCAUUCCAAUAUUUUGGUAUUUAUAAUACGUCAGGCAUCUAUCUCCUUCCAGCCUAGUGAGCUGGCGGUCCGAGGUUCGAGUCUCCUUCUAGUAUAAUGUAAAAGAGAUAUUUAUUAUAAAUUUUUUCUUAUAUAUUUACACACAUACGUUUUUUAUUAUUUUUAUUGUUGUCAUUGUUUAUUUUUAGUAUAACAUCUUUUUAUAAAUCUAUUUUUGUUUAUUUUAGUGCCACAAUUAAUUAUAUUUUACUUUUAAAAUAUGUCAGUUUAGCUUCAAACGUCACACAAUGGGGUCACUGAAAAUCAGUGUUGUGCCCAUUAUGUAUUUUGUUUUCAUAAACUUUUUUGUGUGAAUGUGUCAGUUUUUCUUCCAAAAUAAAUUCAUUUUCAUUUCA